AUGACAUCAGACUCAUUUCUGGCGGCGCUGAAGCGAUUGUUUGCACGCAGAGGCAAAUGUUCACAUAUAUACUCAGACAACGGUACUAACUUCGUUGGAGCAUCCAAAAAAUUAGAUAAGGAUUUACAACAGGCUAUUAAAAGCAAUGUGAGUGCAGUUUGUGCAUUGGAAGCAGAAGGUAUAAAAUGGCAUUUCAUUCCACCGGCAAGUCCUCAUUUUGGAGGUUUAUGGGAGUCGGCCGUGAAGUCAAUAAAACACCACUUGAAAAGAGUUGUUGGCGAAAAUAAACUUACGUAUGAGGAGUUAAGCACACUUCUAACUCAAAUUGAGGGCAUACUUAAUUCACGACCGCUUUGUGCAAAUGUUGACGACAAUGAUAUAUUAACUCCAGGUCAUUUUUUAAUUGGGCAUGCUAUCAUUGACUAUCCAGAAGCAGUAGAUGAUAUGAACAUAUCUUCAUUAAAUCGUUGGAAGAUAAUUCAAGCAAUGAAGAAACAUUUUUGGAAACGAUGGAAGGAAGAAUAUUUAACGAAUCUUCAGCAGAGGUACAAAUGGAAAGGGGUUCAAGCAAAUGUUAAGGAAGGCCAAGUGGUAAUAGUGAAGAAUGAGGAAACAUAUCCAGGAAGAUGGCCUCUUGGAAAGAUAAUUGACGUUCAUCCUGGAAAAGAUAAUCUGGUGAGAGUAGUAUCGGUAAAAACUCAGAACGGCACAAUAAAACGUCCGAUUCAGAAAUUAUGUGUAUUGGAAGGCGUACACGAACAAAUACAUGUUGCUGAGAAUAAGACGAUAAAUGUUAUUAAACGAAAUUGGAAUGUAGAAUUUGGCCGCUGGCAGAAUGUUCAAUCACGAACAUGA